AUGCCUCCGAUUUCUGGUCAGUCACUCCUUGUUAUUGGCGGCUCGUCCGGUAUCGGUGCCGCUGUCGCCAGAUUAGCUGCCGAGCAAGGCGUCCGCGUGUCCAUCGCGUCGUCCAACCCUACCCGGGUGGCCAACGCCGUCGCGAAAAUAAAAGCGCAGGCGUCAACCCCCGACACGCACAUCCGGGGAUUCACCAUCGAUCUUUCCCUGCCCGACGUCGAGCACCGCCUCGAGAGACUCCUCGCCGAGACCACGGCCGACUCCCGGCUCGACCACAUCGUCGUCACGGCGGGUCGAGCUGCAAUGCUGCCCAUUGCAAGGACCGACCGGGAGUAUAUGCUCGGCCAGGCCCAGCUGACCCUUGUCGUCCCUGCAUUGCUCGCCAAACUUGCCCCGCGUUUUCUCAAGCCGAGUUACACCUCGAGCCUCGUUUUCUGCGGGGGCAGGCUCGACCUGGCUCCUCUCCGGGUCAACGUCGUGCAUCCCGGCGCGACGGAGACAGAGAUCUGGGGGCCCACACCGGAGCAGCGGAGGGCGACGAGGGAGUUCUUUGCUUCGACGGCCCUGCUAGGCAAGGUCGGGACGCCGGAGGAGGUGGCUGAGGCCUCUCCGGGUUCCCUUCGCAUUCUCAAGGUGGCAUCGGAGCACCCAGACGUGGCCACCUUUUUGGAAUCACGGCUUGCCCCCGAUAUGUACCCGCUACUACUUCAGGUCCGAAUCGCUACCAGGCAUCCUGUCCGGCUGGCAGAGGCCUUGACGGCUGGAGAAACCUGGCCAGAGCUGAUUACGCGUGUGAAGAAGACACUGGAGAUCCUGGCGCAAGUUGGACCCGAAGAGGCUGAGAUCCCUGCCGCUGAGUUCACAAUGGCGACUGGGAUGCCUGAAACUCUCUUCCAUGUCUACAUCACCUACGCGAUUCUGCGGUCCAAGGGGGUCGAUCUCGGCAAAAAGGACGUUCUGAUACCAUUCUUGCCCGAGUGCGUCUUGAAUGAACUUCCAGAGCGCAGGUUGUUUGAGUGA